AUGAGCUUCGGCUCGGAGCACUACCUGUGCGCCUCCUCCUACCGCAAGGUGUUUGGAGAUGGCUCUCGCCUAUCCUCGCGCCUCUCCAGCGCCGGUGGCGCGGGUAGCUUCCGCUCGCAGUCGCUGUCCCGCUGCAAUGUCGCCUCCUCGGCCGCCUGCUCUUCGGCCUCGUCGCUCGGCCUGGGCCUAGCCUACCGCCGGGCCCCGGCAUCCGACGGGCUGGACCUGAGUCAGGCGGCGGCGCGCACCAAUGAGUACAAGAUUAUCCGCACCAACGAGAAGGAGCAGCUGCAGGGCCUCAACGACCGCUUCGCUGUGUUCAUCGAGAAGGUGCACCAGCUGGAGACGCAGAACCGCGCGCUCGAGGCCGAACUGGCCGCGCUGCGACAGCGCCACGCCGAGCCGUCGCGCGUCGGCGAGCUCUUCCAGCGCGAGCUGCGCGACCUGCGCGCGCAGCUGGAGGAGGCGAGCUCGGCGCGCGCGCAGGCCCUGCUGGAGCGCGACGGGCUGGCCGAGGAGGUGCAGCGGCUUCGGGCGCGCUGCGAGGAAGAGAGCCGAGGGCGCGAAGGCGCGGAGCGCGCCCUGAAGGCGCAGCAGCGCGACGUGGACGGCGCCACGCUGGCCCGCCUGGACCUGGAGAAGAAGGUGGAGUCGCUGCUGGACGAGCUGGCCUUCGUGCGCCAGGUGCACGACGAGGAGGUGGCCGAGCUGCUGGCCACGCUGCAGGCGUCGUCGCAGGCCGCGGCCGAGGUGGACGUGGCUGUGGCCAAACCAGACCUGAGUUCGGCGUUGAGGGAGAUCCGCGCCCAGUAUGAGUCCCUGGCUGCCAAGAACCUCCAGUCAGCUGAGGAGUGGUACAAGUCCAAGUUUGCCAACCUGAACGAGCAGGCAGCGCGCAGCACCGAGGCCAUCCGGGCAAGCCGUGAGGAGAUUCACGAGUACCGGCGCCAGCUGCAGGCCCGCACCAUCGAGAUUGAGGGGCUGCGUGGGGCCAAUGAGUCCCUGGAGAGGCAGAUCCUGGAGCUGGAGGAGCGGCACAGUGCAGAGGUGGCUAGCUACCAGGAUAGCAUCGGGCAGCUGGAGAAUGAUCUGAGGAACACCAAGAGUGAGAUGGCUCGCCACCUUCGGGAAUACCAGGACUUGCUCAAUGUCAAAAUGGCUCUUGAUAUUGAGAUUGCCGCUUACAGGAAACUGCUGGAAGGCGAAGAGACACGUUUUAGCACCAGUGGAUUAAGCAUUUCAGGGCUGAAUCCACCUCCCAAUCCGGGUUAUCUGCUCCCACCUAGAAUCCUCAGUUCUACAACCUCCAAAGUCUCAUCCACUGGGCUGUCUCUUAAGAAAGAGGAGGAGGAGGAGGAAGAGGCUUCUAAGGUGGCCUCUAAGAAAACCUCCCAGAUAGGAGAAAGUUUUGAAGAAAUACUGGAGGAGACGGUCAUAUCUACUAAGAAAACCGAGAAAUUGAAUAUAGAAGAAAGUACCACUUCAAGCCAAAAAAUUUAAUUCUGUUGCUUUAAUAAGGUUAAUGCUUAAGAGGGGAUAAUAUGCAUUUGACUUGUUAAAGAGCCUAUUCCUGAACCAAAACACCUGUCACCCCUAUAAAAUGUCUUCAAGGCUUCAGUCUCCUAUUUAGCAUUGAAUCCUUACUUUCUCUAAUAAGAAAAGCACCCCUUAGGUUGGAGCAAGCUGCAGUCCUAGCACAACCACAAAGGAGUUAUCUAAGAAUUCCGCUUUCUCACCUAAAGCUCAGGCUUCACAGCAUUAGAUGAUUCAGGUACAGAGGAAGUACAAAUCAAGGUGCUAAAUCUGUGAUCAUCGUCAUUUGCUGUGAAUUGAAAUUAAAACCUGUAUUUGCUCGCUAUACCCAGACAUUACCCCGCUAUAUAGUCUCACUCUAGGUACAUAAAACAUAAGAUCACUGCCAAAGGUAAACCAAUGGUCCACAUCCAACACCAUUCUGACAAAACUGCUUCACAAGUGAUAGGUGUUUGUUUAAUGGACACUUCCUCCCACCUCUCACAAUUCCUUGUAUCCUUUCUUCCAUUCAGGAAAAAAAAAAAAAAAGAGCCUAGUGUAGUAUUCUUCCCCCUUAAACACAUUUAGGUUCUUCUCAAAAGAACUUACCCCCUUUAGCUCUCUCUGUUCAAUGGGUAAAAUUAGAUGCAUGUUGACCAUUUCUGUGAUUCGUGGAAUGACUUCUCCCUACCCAUUUCAUGUCCUUCCAAUUCUGUAAGGAAAAAAGAAAAAAGAAAAAAAAAAGCAGUGAUAAGUUUUAAGGGUCACCCCAACAAAUACAAUAAUGAAAGGCGUCCCUAGAUUUUAGGCUUUCAGCUUAUUCAAAUCCAUUUGAUUAGGGGGAAAAAAAGUACUUUAUUCUGAAUGUAGCUGUUCACUUUAACUUUAGAAACACACUAAUAGUGUCCCAAGCUGUGAUUAAGCUGACCUUAGAUUUAGUAGUAUAAGCUAGAAGAGGUGAGUAUUUGUGUGGAUGGGAAAAGCCAAGGUCUCAUUGCUCUGUGUCAGUUCAUUUGUGGUGAUCUAGAAUUAGCUCUUUCGUACCCUGACCCUUAGAACCCACUUAUCCCCUUUUCCACAGUCUAGGUCCUAACAAGGCCUUGCUUUUACUCUCCUAUGCCUUUGAAGAGUGCUAAGUGUAAUUAUAUUAUCCCCAGAAACAAUGCUACUGCCCAAAAGUAAAAGAAGUCACCUCUGGUCAAUCAACACCACCGGCAAACAUGAAAAAGAAAUCUUUCUCUUGUCUUAAUAAAAGAGUCCUGCCCAACAGUUUUCCCAUUGCUGCAUGGUUGGUGGGGUCUCCCUUCCCUACUGGAGAGGCAGCGACACCCAGACUAGAGAAGGGGUACAUAUGCUCCUACUCACGUGCUAGGAAGUACAUUCUGGAGAGUCAGCUUUUCAUCUGCCCAACUGUGUAGCAGCCGCAUUGCCCAGUCUUCCACGUACAUGUGCCAAGUUUGAUGUCGGGUUAAUUCUCUGUCUGCAUUCACUUCCACCAGACCUAAAGAGUUGCCAGGUCUCUGUCACACAUCUCCAUUCACAACAGAUAGGGCGUGAUGCUUUUACUAAACUUUCUUAUCCUAGGACCUGCUGCAAUGGUUCAAGGAACUGGAAAGAUGCUUUCUCUUCUUCCUUUCCCUCACUCCAUCCCCGUCUUUACUCCUCAGACUUCCUGUAAAACAUUAGUAAGAUAAGAAUUAAAAGUCACACGAAUCCCACCAACA